GGGGGUCACCCUUCUCUUCCUAAUGAUUAUUGCCUCUUGGAACAUUAGGGGCUUUAAUGGGCCCCUAGAACAAGAUGAGGUGGUAAACCUCAUCCGGAGAAAUAACAUUGAUGUCCUAGGACUUUUGGAAACGAAAAUCGACACUAGGCGGCUAUCUCUCUUUAUGGAUAGAAGGUUGCCGGGUUGGGCUUUUUGCGAGAAUUUUGACGUUGUUGACCGUGGGCGCAUUGCCAUCCUAUGGAACCCCAUGAAGGUUGACAUCACGAUGGAGGCCGCCUUGCCUCAAGUCAUUUUUGCAAACAUCCGGUGUAAGGUUAGCAACCACUCGUUCAUAGCUAGCUUUAUAUAUGGACUCGAUACGAGAGAAGACCGGAAAUUGUUGUGGGACGACCUUAGGGUCUUUCGGGGAAGGAUACUCUUACCUUGGCUACUCCUCGGGGACUUUAAUGCUAUACUCAAACCGGAAGAGAGAAUUAAGGGAGAGAGGGUCAUUAACCGAGACACCAUGGACCUCUUGGAAGUUUGUGACGACUUGGGAUUGUCAGACAUCUCCUCAAGUAGCUUCUUCCACACUUGGACCGAAAACCAUGUUUGGUCGAAACUUGAUAGGGCAAUGGUAGACACCCAAUGGGAGAAUGCCGACUUUUUCUCGCAUGCGACCUUUCUAGCUCUGGGUAUUUCGGACCACUCCCCUUGCAUAGUUACUAUAUUUGAGGCGAGGACCACUACCGGGUCACCGUGGUGGUUCUUUAAUAUGUGGACGGCCCAUGAAAAGUUUUUGCCUUGUGUCCAAAACACAUGGAACCAUGGCGGUGGGGGCUCGAGGCAAUUCCGCCUUGCUAACAAUUUGAAGUACCUCAAGAACUCGCUUAAGGCUCUUAAUGAGGAGGCAUUCUCACAUAUCUCCUCUCGGGCUAAAGAAGCAAAGAAUGCUCUCAAGAAUGCUCAACAAAAGCUCCAUGAUCAACCCGAUGACCCCGACACUAAGGCCAAAAUGCCUUUGCUUAGACUCGAAGCUCUCAAAUUGGCCAAAUCGGAGAGGCAAUUCUAUCAACAAAAGGCUAAAUGCAACUUUCAAAUCAAGGGUGACAAAUGCACCAAGUUCUAUCAUGGCUUGGUCAAAAAGCGAACAAAAAGAAAUUUCAUUGUCUCGAUUAACUGGGAAGACGGCACCGUCACCGACUCCAUGGAGGAAGUUGCUAAAGAGUUUGUCUGCUACUACGAGGCUCUCUUGGGUACCGGAGUUGAAACGGAGAAUGUUGAUCCACAAAUCCUUCGAUUGGGACCGUGUGUUGGAGUUGAUGAUUGUAGUGCUCUCAUAACCCCGGUCACCGUGGAAGAGAUAAAAAACACACUUAGUGACAUCGAGGGGGAUAAGUCUCCGGGUCCGGAUGGCUAUACCUCCACUUUCUUUUUGAAGAGUUGGUCCAUUGUUGGGGGUGAUGUGGUGGCGGCCAUCCAAGCGUUCUUCCGUUCCAGCUCACUCCUCAAGCAAUGGAACCAUACCGCCCUCACGCUUGUUUCGAAGUCCUCCCACUCCUCACAAGUCACGGACUUUCGGCCAAUUGC